AUGUCGAACGCGAACCAAAUGCCAGAUCUCUCGCAGCUGCGCUUGCACGAUGCGUCGCCCGCCGGCCGGUUCGAGCAACACGCGAACACGUUUGAUGGGGGCCGUGGAGCAAGCGGAGGAUUCCACUAUGGGAGCACGUCGCCAACCCAGAACUUGGCGCCUGGGCUAGCACAGAACGCGACGAUCGCCACUUCGCCGCUCAAACAAGGCAAACCCAGUCGAGCCGGGCUCCCAUCGGCGUGGUUGGAGCAGAGCGUUGCACACGAUGACCGCUCGUUUUCGCCGCCGCAGACGAGUGAUUUGAGCUCGGGAGGAACAUCGCCGCCACAUAAUACGCUGCAGCCACCCCAGUCAAUGCCCAUGUCUGCGUCGAUGGGGGGUAUCGCCAGCCCGAUUGAUGACGAGAUCAUCCCCACGGCCAUUGUUAUCAAGAAUAUCCCUUUUACCGUCAAGCGCGAGACUCUCUUGGACAUCAUUGCCUCGCUCUCGAUCCCGACACCGUACGCGUUCAACUAUCACCUGGACACCCAGGGUCAGUUCCGAGGGCUUGCGUUUGCCAAUUUCCGUUUGCCCCAAGAUGCAGACGCCGUAGUUGCCGCGCUCAAUGGAUUUGAUGUCCAGGGACGCAAAUUACGCGUCGAAUACAAAAAGGUGCUCCAGGCUGGUGAAAAGGAGCGCAUUGAACGCGAAAAGGCUAUUCGCCGUAUGCGAUCUAUGCAGAUGGAGAAGGAGCGCACCCAGCUCUUGAACCCUCCCUCUGCUUCUGCUAACGAAUGGGACGACUAUGGCACCCAGCAAGGUCCUGGCUCGAACGCAUACUUGUCCCCUAGUCGCUCUUAUUCGAGCGGACAAGCUCAACUUGCCCACCAGCUUCCGCCUAUGCACUCGCCGCCUCCACCUCCGCCUCAGCAUGUGCCGACCCCGACUCCGUCUCAGCAAUCGACCAAGUCGGCGUCGAACGAGCUGGAUAUGAACGAUCCUUCGACUUUGGAGAUUUACUCGCGUAUUUUGGUCUUCAAGGAAGAUCAUAUGCGCGACGAACUCGCGUUCUCAAGGACUUUGACCCCCAAGCAACGUCGCGUAGUCCACUUGGUCGCCCAGAAACUCGGGGUGUAUCACUACAGUGUUGGCGAGGGUGAGAACCGAUAUGCGGUUGUAACGAGGAUCGAGCGUGAGGUUCGCUCUCCUAUCCAACGCCACGCUUCGCAAACUCUGUCGCGUGCCGCAACUUCGUACCUGGCUCCUUCGCCCGCUGCCCCGUCCCUGCGCGUGAAAAAAUCGAUGCCAGACAUGAAGUCACUGCACACUCCACCCACAAGCCGGUUGCAACCACGCGCGUCGAAUGGGAACAUCCGGGAAGGGUUCGCCACUAUCUCCGCGGCCUCUCCUCGACGCCCCUCGGUUCAAACGGCGUUUGGAGGUGUGUUUGGAUCUGCACUCCCCUCUGCUGGGGACCGGUCGUAUGGCGGUGUCGGGGUGGGUAUUCCCCCUGUUCCGUCGUUGGACAGCCCGGGUGGCGCACCAUCGGGAGUUGUGCGUCAGCCUCGUGGACCUGGAGUGGGCGGAUUCACGCGUCGUGCAACGGGAGAAAGGCUGGAGGCUAGGACCCAUGAACCGUUGGAGAUGGCAAUGAACGAUGGAGAUGGGAUACCGGGAGAUGGGCCUGUGGGUAUUCGUCCGUCGAUGGGACGGCAGCUGAGCGGAGGAGUCGGACUGCUUUCCCAGCCAAAGAGCAAGCCUGGGCCAUCGCCGCUGUCCGCCGCCUCGCUCGCUCCAGACACCACCAGCCGCACUGCCACCAGCACGAGCACGACCCCCAACGCGACGAGCACGGCCCAGAUGGCGACGACGCCCACUGCCACGACAACUCCACCCCUCUAUCUCCUCGGCCACUCCAUCUUUCCCAAGGCCGUCGGCAGCGACGUCAUCUCUCUCGGCUCCGAUACCUUCGAAUUCUCAACCCAACCAUUCGCUCUUGAGCUGCUCGAUGUCCCGUCCCCUGCACCGCAUAUUGCCCGCUCUUCCCCGCCCCCGCCAUCCGAGCCUCAGCCGGUCGCAAGCCUCGAGGUGCGGCACGAGAGAGAGCCCAUCGUCUCACCACGCACCCCGCCCAAUCUGCGCCUCGAGAUCCCGCCCCAGGACGCACCCGGUCUAGCUCGUGACACCACCCGAGCUCCCUUUGCCCCCGACCCGGAGAACGAGGGCAUAUGUACCGAGGUUGGCUCCCUAGGCCAAGAGAUCCAGCUCGAAGCGGCGAUCAUUUGA